GACAGAUAAAACAUACAUAUUCUUGUUUGUAAUUUCUUUGUAUUUAUUUUAGAUCUUUUUGAAGCUUUAAAGCCUGAGUAUGUGGCACCGCUGAUCCUUUGGCUUUGCCAUGAGAGUUGUGAGGAAAAUGGUGGUUUGUUUGAGGUUGGAGCAGGAUGGAUUGGAAAAUUACGCUGGGAGCGGACCCUUGGAGCCAUUGCAAGACAGAAGAAUCAGCCAAUGACUCCUGAGGCAGUGAAGGCUAACUGGGAGAAGAUCUGUGACUUUGAUAAUGCCAGCAAGCCUCAGAAUAUCCAAGAAUCAGUUGCAGGUAUGAUUGAAGUUUUACAUAAAAUAGAUGCAGAAGGAGGAGUUUCAAUAAAUCAUACCAGUCAUGCAACAUCUACAGCUACUUCAGGAUUUGCUGGAGCUAUUGGCUAUAAACUCCCUUCAUUUUCUUCUGCUUACACGGAAAUGGAAACAAUUAUGUAUGCUCUUGGAGUGGGAGCAUCUGUCAAAGAUCCAAAGGAUUUGAAAUUUGUUUAUGAAGGAAGUUCUGAUUUCUCCUGUUUGCCUACCUUUGGAGUUAUCAUAGCUCAGAAAUCUAUGAUGGGUGGAGGAUUAGCAGAGAUUCCUGGGCUUUCAGUCAACUUUGCAAAGGUUCUUCAUGGGGAGCAAUACCUGGAGUUAUAUAAACCUCUUCCUAGAUCAGGAAAAUUAAAAUGUGAAGCAGUUGUUGCUGAUGUCCUAGAUAAAGGAUCUGGUGUAGUAAUUCUUAUGGAUGUCUAUUCUUAUUCUGGGAAGGAACUUAUAUGCUAUAAUCAGUUCUCUCUCUUUCUGGUUGGUUCUGGAGGCUUUGGAGGCAAACGGACAUCAGAAAAACUCAAGCUCAUUAAGCCAGUAUAAGUCUUUUCACUGGUGAAUUUAACCCUUUUAUAUUCAAGGUUAUUAUUGGUAAGUAUGAACUUCUUCCUCUAAUCUUGUUAAUUGUGUACUCUGCUUGUUUUGUGUAUUUUUUGUUCCUUUUCACUUCUCAUCAUUUUUUAUUUUUUUAAAUAUUUAUUUAUUUAUUUAUUUUUUUGGUUUUCGGCGGACACAACAUCUUUGUAUGUGGUGCUGAGGAUCGAACCUGGGCCGCACGCUUGCCAGGCGAGUGCACUACCGCUUGAGCCACAUCAUUUUUUAAAAAAUAUUUUUUAGUUGUAGAUGGUCACAGUAUCCUUAUUUGUUUAUAUGGUGCUGAGGAUCAAACCCAGGGUCUUAGACGUGCUAGGCAAGCACUCUACUAUUGAGCCACAACUUCAGCCCUCAUCAUUUUUUUUUUGAUUUAGUAAUUUUCUGUUAUGUAGUUUCUCCUCUUUUGUGUUUCUGUCCUUCUAGUGAGUUUUGUAUAUUCAUGAGUGUUCAUGAUGAUAGUUAUCAUCUGUUUUAGUGAGCUUUUUCGCUGCUGUGUCUAAAACACCCAACUAGGACAUUUGUAGAGUAAGAUUUUAUUUGGUGGCUCAGAGUUUCAGAGGUCUCAGUCCAUAGACAGACAGCUCCAUUCCUCAGGACUCAAGGUGAGGCAGGAAAUCAGUGGAAAUGUGGUAGAGGGAAGCAGCUCACAUGAUGAUCAGAAAUGUAGAGAGAGAGAUCUCCAUGAAAAAUACACAUAUAUACCCCAAAGUCAUGCCCCUCCCCAUGCCCAUAACUCCUCAAGCAACACCUUUCCUGCCUUCGAUUACUGAUUAGUUACUAAUCUCAUCAGGUAAUUAAUUAACUGGUUGGGUGAAAGCUCCCAUAACUCAAUCAUUUAUUCUCUAAAUCUUCUUGCAUUGUCUCACACAUGAGCUUUUGGGGAACACCUCACAUGUAAACCAUAACAUUCCACCUCUGGUCCCCAAAAGCCUGUGAUCAUCUUACAAUGCAAAAUACAUUUAGUCUAUCUCCAAGAGUCCCCACUGUCUCAACAAUUCAAGGACUGCCCAAAAGUUCAAGUUCAAAGCCUCCUCUAAGACUCAGAGCAAACUUUCAUCAUGAGUUCCUGUAAAAAACAAAAGCUAUUUACAAGUCUCCAAUAUAUAAAAGUAUGGAAUAAACAUUUCCAUGCACAAAUAUGCAUUUGUAGAGGAGGAAAAGUUUAUUUGGGGGUUCACAAUUUCAGAGGUCUCAGUCCAUAGACAGCAGGCUCCAUUCUUCAGGGCUUAAGGCGAGGCAGGAUAUCAUGGUGGAAGAAACUUCUCAGAAAAAAGCGAUGGGACCAAAGGAAGACCGAAAUUCAGCUGGGCAAACAAGUCCUGUAGCUCCACAUUUGGCAUCUGUGGCACAUGGCAUGGUGAUAUUCUGUCCAAAUGAUUUGUGUAGCUCUGCCCCUGUGGCCUUGUUGGUUGUAGCCCAAGUGGCCUUUCUGUUUUCUCUGUUGAUUCCUGCAGCUUUCCUAGAUGAUGUCCCAUGUUACUGGCAUUUCUUAAUCUUGGAGUCUUCACUGCAGCUUUGGCUUCCUCCUCACAUCUCCAUGCUUUGUUCUCUCAGGGGCUGCCCACAGGGACUCCCAGGCCUUCCUUUGAAAUCUUCAUGGAAGCCUCCAUGACCCCCAAACUCCAGCUUCCUGUAUUUCUGUAGAACCAGAACCAUGUGGUUGAUGCCAGGGUCUGCAGCCAUCUUGAGCAGUAGCCAAGCCUCCAGGGACCCUGGGUGCAGAAGCUUCUGAGUGCUUGGGUAACUGAGCAUGUUGAAAAAAAAUUCCUAGGUCCCUUUGUUCAAGAAGGGUACUCAACUGGUCUUGUCUGCAGCAUAUUUUACUUUUACUCCCUUGAGCCUGAGAUGGAUGUGGUCUUGCCAGCUCCUGAGGUGCCCUCAAGCCAUCUUUCUCAUUGUCUCUGAUCAAAGUCUUUAGCAUUUCUUUAGUAGCAGAAAUGUCUUUGACAACUGCAACUUCCUUAGCUCCAGUUUUACUCCUGCCUUUCAAGUCCAAGUUUUCAAAUAUUUCUGCUCUGCUUUCUGCUCCUGAAUGUCACAAUAAAUUUGGCUAAAAGCUGCCAGCAGUAUCCAUGCUACCGCUUGAAUGCUAUGCUGUCUAGAAAUUUCUUCAAAUUAAGAAGUCCAUCACUUUUAAAAUCACCCUCACAGAAAGUCUCAGAACAUGGGCAAAAUGUAGAUAACUUCUCAGCCAGACAUAACAUGAAUGGCCUUUAGUCCUAUUACCACUAAUGUCCUCCUUUUCCUCUCAACCCUCUUGAGCCCUGUCUUCACUGUCCAUGGUCCUAUUGGCAUUCUGGUUUUCUGAGCUCCUAAUAGAAUUCACCAUUUAUGUGUCCUUACAACAGUAUAAAGCAUUUCCAGCUUGCACUGCUAAACAUCUCAAAAUUUUUCCUGCCAAUUCUGAAAAUCUCCAAAUUCUUAUAAAUUACAUGGUCAGGUAAGUCACAGAAAUGGUCCCACUCCUGGUGCCAAUUUCUGUUUUAGUCAGCUUUUUCACUUCAGUGACUAAAAGACCCAACCAGCACAUUUGUAGAGGAGGAAAAGUUUAUUUAGGGAUUCACAAUUUCAGAGGUCUCAAUCCAUAGACAGCAGGCUCCAUUCUUCAGGGCUUAAGGUAAGGCAGGAUAUCAUGGUGGAAGACAGUGGCAUUCUUCCUUCUUCUUCUUUCAUUCUUCUUCUUUAUUCUUCAUUCUUUAUUCUUAUUCUUCAUUCUUCUUCUUCAUUCUCCUCCUCCUCCCCCCUUCCUCCUCCCUCCUCCCUUCCUCCUCCCUUCCUUCUUCCUUUCUUCUUCCUUCCUUCCUCCUCCUCCCCCUUCCUCCUUUCCCUUCCUCCUCCCUUCCUUCUCCUUUCCUUCUUCCUUCCUUUCUUCUUCCUUCCUUCCUUCUUCCUUCUUCCUUCUUCUUUUUAAAUUUUGUAUUUCUAGAUGGACCACAUGCCUUUAUUUUAUUUUUAUGUGGUGCUGAAGAUCAAACCCAGUACCUCACACAUGUGAGGCAAGUGCUCUGCUACUGAGCUACAGCCUCAGCCCUGGAUUUAGUAUUCUUGGUUGGCAUUUUUUUCCUUUCAGUAUUUUGAUUAUAUCCUCCUAUUCUGGACUGUAAGGUUUCUGCUGAUAAAUCUGCUGUAAUUCUAAUAGGCAUUCCCUAAGUGUAACUUGUCACUAUUCUCUUUUAUUUUGACAUUUUGAGCAUCUAUAUCUUUGUGAAGGUCUGUUUUGGUUGAAUCAAGUUACUGUCCUUUGAGCUUGAUGGAUAUCCAUAACUUUUUUGAAGUUGUGGGAAGUUUUUGGCUGUUAUUUUGUGAAAUAGGCUUUCUGUGACUUUUUCCUUUUCUUUACCCUCUGGAAUUCUUUUUUCUUUUUCCCUCUCAUGUUUUAUUAUCCUAGAGUAGAUGUCAGUAUAAUCUUAAGCAGAAUCAAAUUUUAUUUUCAUUGACAUAAUAAUAAACUGUUUCCAGUGAUUUCAACAUGUUUUUCUGGCUUCAACCUAUUUCUCAUGGGGAAUUUUUUUUUUUUUUUUUUUUUCAAUGAAUUCCUUUCAUGCUUUAUCGUUACUUCUAUUUUUUAAAAUUUAUUUAUUGUUUUUAGGUAUACAUGACAGUAGAGUAUAUUUUGACAUAUUAUACAUACAUAGUGUGCAACCCAUUACAAUUGUGAUCCCAAUCUUGUAUAGUUACACUGGUUGUGUAUUCAUAUAUGACCAUAGGAAAGUUAUGUUUGAUUCGUUCUACUGUCUUUCUUAUUCCUGUUCUGCGUUCCCUUCAUUCUCCUUUGUCUAAUCCUAUGAACUUCUGUUCUUCCCCUCCUGACCCUCCCUUGUUAUGGGUUAGCAUUCACAUAUCAGAGAGAACAUUUGACAGAACUGAAUUAUUUCACUUAGCAGGAUAUUCUCCAGUUCCAUCCAUUUACCAACAAAUGCAUAAUUCCAUUGUUCUUUGUGGCUGAUUUAUUUAUUAAUUUGAAUUAGUUUCUCCUUUAACUAUUCUUCUAAUGUAGUUCCUCCCUUUGGUAGUCUUGAGUUUUAUUUUUCAUUCUUUUUUAUCAAAUAUUUUGUUGGGUAGGUUUUGCAGUACUUGCUUUUCUAGUUAUGGAUUCUUUUAACUUUUUUUUUUAAGUAUUUUUUUUAGUUGUCAGUGGACUUUAUUUAUUUAUAUGUGGUUCUGAGAAUUGAACCCAGUGCCUCACACAUGCUAGGCAAGUGCUCUACCACUGAGCCACAAUCCCAGCCCAACUUUUAUUUAUUUUUGAAGAUUUUGAUUUCAUCCUCAAAUCUGAAGUUUUAUUUUGCUGGGUAUAGUAUUCUUGGCUGGCAUCCAUUUUCUUUCAGAGCUUGGUAUAUAUUAUUCCAAGACCUCCUAGCUUUGAGUGUCUGGGUUGAGAAAUUGGCUGAGAUCCUGAUUGAUUUCCCUCUAAAUAUUACCUUGUUGCUGUUCUCUGAAAGUCUAUAAAAUUUUAUUAAAAUUUAUUAAAAUUUAUGUUAGGCAUCUUCAUAAUAAUGUGCCUUGGGUGUGAGUCUGUUCUAAUUUUAUAUAUUUGGAGUCCUGUAAGCCUCCUGAAUUUAGUUUUCCAUUUCAUUCUUAAGGUAUGGGAAAUUUUCUGAUAUUAUUACAGUGAAAAGAUUGUGCAUUCUUUUGGUUUGUAUCUCUGAACCUUCAUCUAUCCAGAUACAUCUUGGAUUUUUCAUGUUAUCCCAUAAUUAUUGAAAGUUUUGUUCACGGUCUCUUAACAUCUUUUCCUCAUGGUCAACUUUAUUUUCUAUAUUAUAUAUUUUGCCUUCAUUGCCUGAAACUCUCUUCCAUGUGGUCUAGUCUAUUGGCAAUGCUUUCCAUUGAAUUUUUAAUUUGGGUUAUUGAGUCCUUCAGUUCGAGGAUUUCUGACUGAUUCUUGUUCAGGAUCUCUAUCUCCAUGUUGAAAUGAUCUUUUACUUCUUGUAUUUUCUUUCUGAUUUCAUUUCUUAUGACAACCUUCACCUCUAGAUUAAUUUAACCAUGAAUUUUUCUGAAUUCUGUCUCUGAAAUUUCCUCCACUAUUGUGUCAAUGGAUUCUAAUGUUGAGGUAUUCUGUGUUAUUUGGAAUGGUUUGUUCUUUCUUUUUCUUUUUUUCAGAUUGUUUGUGUGUCUACCAAUCUAUCUGAAUGGAUCUGAUGCUGUAGAGUUUCUACCUUAUGAGUUUAUAGUGUCACUCUUUUACUUGUACUUUACAGAUUGGUCCAGGACUGGGGGUGGGGAGCCCAAUGAUAGCAACAAUGGAUGCAGACAGUAUAUAGCAGUAGACUAGGUCCUUAGUUCCUGUUUUGAUGUUUAGUGUUAAUUGGUACUAUAUUUAAGAAUAUUGGAAUCAGCAGUUUCCAUUGUAAAAAAAAAAAUAAACAAUCAUGUAUUAUGAGGCGAGUCUCUUAGAGAUAGCAUAUUGUUGGGUCUUUUUUAAUCCUGUCUGCUACAAAACAAAACAACAAUCAAAAAAAAGAAAAAGGAAAAAAGGCUAGAGAUGAAAGAGUAACAAAUAUGAAUAUGUAUAGGAAUCCUUAAAUCAGUCAGUACACAUUCAAAUAAAAAAAAGUUCCAAUAUGGAAACUCCAAAUCAAACAUGAAAACAGAACUACUACCACAAUAAACAAACAAAUAACAACAAUAAAAAUCUUGGUAAAGUGUUAAGAAUUUAAGGAGCCCUAUUCACUAUGGUAGAGAAAAUAGUGAGUGUAUGUGUUCACUGUCUGUACCUACCUGAUUUUCUUUUCAUUUCUUCUUGAGGUACGAUCUAAGUGCAGGAAUAUGGGCCAUGGGUGGUAUGUUCUUCCUUUUUAUUGUGUUGCUCACCGUGUUGAAGGUUGGGGUUUAAGACUUCCCAAUUUCCUUUGUUGGGAGAUUAGUUUGGGCAGGCUAGAUUGUAGGCCUAGAGGCAAGGUGGUAUGUUAGGGAAGCUGGGUUGAUGGAGGGUGGCAAAGCAGUUGGCCACGUCUGGAUGGCAGGUGGAUCAGGGCCUGCUGCUGGAUCCUGGGGGCCAGAAGUGAGGCUGUGUGCUGGACCGGGCAAGUCUGGUGGCAAAGCAGUGUGUGGGGCAAGUUGGGGCCUGGCCAUGUUGGAGGCCCAGGUGGUCUGCACCAGGUGGGUCAGGGGUGGGUGCCUAGAUCUGAGGGCCUGCCACAAAGCUGCAUGUUGGACUGGGUGGGUCUGGUGGUGAAGCAGUGGCCUUGCAUGUGGAGCUGUGGGCCUAGUGGGCAGAGUGGUAGGCUGGGUCAGGGGCUGGGAGGGUGUAGGGAAACUGGGGACUGGGGAGAUGGAGGGCCCUCGACUAGUACUGGACCUAGUGGGUCACUGGUGGAUGCCAUACUGGGGAGGAAGCCAGCGACCAGGCUGGUGCCAGGGACCUGGUAGGUGCCAGACAGCCUGGGCAAGCUGGGAGCAAAAUGCCCUCAUAUCCUUGCUUCCAACCUUUUGACCCACAAUAGCUGCCCCUGUCAAUCCUUGGUAGCAGCAGGUCUUUUGGACCUGGGGAGAGCUAGGCUCUCUUCUAGACUCUCUAACCUGUGUAGUCCCCCGCCCCCGCAAAUGUUUCCUUUUUUUUUUUUUAAACCUUUCCACAGGUUUGCUAGGCUUAGAUAGGCCUACACAGACCUAGCUGCAAAUUCUUGGAUCUGGGUUUCCAGUUUCUAUAGGCUCCACUGUGCUUCAGUCCAAAGAUGGCUUCUGGAUUGGCUCUCUGUGAAUGAUUGAUAAACUCCAUGGAGAGGUUUUUUAUUUUUAGACCUGAUUAAUUAGUCAAAUAGUCUCUGGUUUGACUAGGGCAGACUGCCCCUCCAGUCUCAGGAUUUUUUACUCUAAGUCUUUGGGAGACCUAGUAUUCCCACUGCUUGAGUUCUGUCUGGAUGGCUGAGUUAGGAGAAAUGCUGCCCCAUUCUGAUCUGCCAUCUUGCCCCCACUGCCCUCUGGAAUUCAAAUAAUAGAAUAUUUGUUUGCUUAAUGAUGUCCCAAAGGUUUUUUUUUUAGAGUUUCUUUGUUAUUUUUUAAAAAAUAUGACCGAGGAUCUUUCUUUCUUUUUUUUUAAUUUAAAAAAACAUUUUAGUUUUAUGUUUUCCAAUCCUGCUUUUUAAAUUAAAAAGAUUAAAUAUGAAAAAAAAAA